GAAGAUAAUCAUCUCUUUCCUUUUUUUGUAUUUUUAAAAUUAUCUAAUCAAAAUGAAAAAUUGGCUGGGGAAAAACAAAAAAUAAUUAUUGGAUGUUGGGAGGUUUUAAUGAAACAAUCUAAACAAUUUAUUAAUUUGUUAAAAUGGGGAAGUGUUGAGGAAUUGGAAAAUAUUGCUGGAAGUAGUGAUAACAAGCAUCCUGAACCUCCUUAUAAUUUUUCUGAAGUUUUUGAUAUUGACCAAUUUGAAACUUGGUAUUCAACAACAAUAAAAUGGGCAACUGAGGGAACAGAAAAUUUUUCUGAUGCUAAUAUUUUGGAUUUUAAUACAACAAUUAAAUUUGGAAAUUAUUUUAGAAAAUUUUCGAAAGAAAGAAAUGAACAUUUGCAAAAAUUGGUUGAAGAGGAGGAUAAAUGUAUAAAUUAUUAUAGACAUUUAAAAAUUAAAUGUACAGAGAAGGAAUUGGAAAAAUUUGAAAAUACUCGAAUUUAUUUAUACAAAAUAUAUAUUAAAGCUUAUAAUCUAAUGAAAAUGUUUGAUUUUAUUUGGAGUAUUUUGUAUGCUUUAAAUCCCUAUGGAAUGAAAUAUUUAUUGAAGCAAAGAAAAGAAGCGUCCAAAACAUUAGUUCUUUUGUUUUCCCUCCAACAUGUUGCAAAUCAAGCCAAACAAGUUUUAAACAAGCCAAACAAACGUCAAAAAACAAAAACAAGUUUUGAAGCAAAUUUAAAUGUUCAAAUAAAUAAUCCUUCCCAUUUAAUUAUUUCUGAAUUAAAAAACUUUUAUAUAAACUUGUGUUCACAAUGGCUUUAUGGGAAACAAAAACGUCCUCAUCUCCGCAAAACAAAUGUAAAAUUAGAGGAUUGCAAGCUUGAGAAUGUUAAGAAAAGAACAAAUCGGAAAAUGAGUGUUUAUAAUUUGGAGGUUACUGUAGAAAGGAAUUUGUUGCUGAUUGUUGGGGAAUUGCUUGAAUUGGAAAUUUAA